AUGAUCUUAUCGUUCACUCAGCGUAUUUCUGAUGAUAGCGUUUAUGUUGCUAUGGAAGCCGAGAAUCUCGACUCUAUGAUGAGAUCUCGCAGUUCUUAUGCUGGUCAAAGCAUAGCUAGAGCCUCAUUCAGUCUCAAACCAGUUAGUAUCAAUGGAGUGAUCGCUGGUAUCACUCAUACUGUUGGUCAAGUUAGAUUUGAUUACAUCGGUAACCUGAAGAAGGUUAACGCAGCAGUUGAUGUUGUUGAUCAGUAG